AUGGAUAAAAUUGAAGAUGAAUUUAUGAAAUUUAAGAAUAACAACAACAGUUGUUUCAUGAACUACAAGAAUGAAGAAAUAGAACUUUGGAUAAAUUCGUGGAUUAAUAAAAAAGAAAAAUUUCAAGAAUAUAUACAAUUUAUUGAUGCAUUGUUUCACACUAUAAAUAAUUAUAAACAAGUUAAUCAAUUGCUUCAAAAGUUUCUUCAUAAUAAGUCAUUAAGUUCAAUUCGUUGUUUACAUUUUUUGAUGCAAACCAAUUAUGUUUAUGAACAUUUUGAUGUUGUGUCUCUUCUUAGUCAAAUAUUUUCAUUAACUAUUAGUCUAAAAGAAGAUAUAAAGCAGCAGACAUUCAUUAAUUUUGAACAUUUCAAAGAGUCAAUGCUCGAAAAUAUCUCAAAUAUUAAUAAAGAAACAAUCUCGAUAUUUGAAGAAUUAAGUAAGUUAUGUUUUGAUAUUCAUCAGAAAGGUGGAUUAAUUAUCUUUUUGAGAACACUCAUUAACCAUAAGCAAAACGCUAUCAUUUUUCCAAUUGAAUUACCACUGACACCAAUUACUAUUUCAAUUAUCUUCCAUUCUUUAAUUAGUGGAAUAAAGUAUUUUGAACAAACUCCAACAUCAAUUCAGUUCAACUCUUUUCCAUUAAAAAGCUUAUUAGAAAUACCUCCAAAACCAAUCAAUUCUUGUAUUUUACCUUGUAACUCUUCAAAAAUACAAAAAGAACCAAAUGAAGAGGAAUUUGAUUUUCAAUCAUAUUUGAAAGACAUUUCAUUUGAAGAUCAUUCAUUUCAAACUUAUUUGGUUCAUCUUUAUUACUUCUUUCAUUAUUGUUAUUUGUCUGAACUACAAUUUUUUCAUUCUCGUUCAUUGUCAUUAUUUUCUAAAUCAUCAAUGAAGUUAUCUUCACAGAUUGUCUCAAUGUUCUUGUGUGACUUAUCAAAUCAUAUUUUACCAUGUUAUUUUUCUAAUCUUCAAGACUUCCUCUUUUAUUUAAUUUCUCUACCUUUAGAUUCAAAGUUUUUCACUGUCUUUGAGGAACUUAUUCAUUUUUCAUCAAUUUUAUUGUAUCACUCAGUAAUUAUGCCAAAGUCAAUUCUUUCAAGAUUCAACAAUCACUUACAAACAUUAGUUACAUCCUUACUUAGUCAUUUUGAGAUAUUACCAUUAUCAUUAAAAGGUUUUACUUUAAAAUUUUUGGUUCAAUGUCUACCACAUUUUAUAAAAGUUACUUCAUCACAAGUGAUUGACACUUCUUCAUUUUUUCCAGUGUCAUUACAAAUGUAUCUUUUACAACUCAAUAAGUCUUGUUAUUCUUCUUCAUUUUAUAUCCUUCGAUUCAUAGCUCCAAUGCCUUUUUAUCUAGUGACUGGUUCAUCACUUCAACUUGCAAUUUUUCAGUCUGUUGGAUCUCUUCUUUCAACGUUACUUCUUCCUUUUAAAUCAAAUUUGUUGUUAUCACUAAUCACAACCUCUCAAGAAUAUCUUUCAGCAUGUUUGUCAGGAACUAACCUCUCACGAUGUUUUAUUGAUAAUAUUACAAGAAUGGUAGAAGCUAUUGACUUUGUGUUUUGGUUAAUGGAUAAGCAAGACUUGACAGAUGAUAAUCUUUUGUCUUUACAUCUUCUUGUUGAUUCAUUGAUAAUGUUAUUACAAAGAAUUAUUACUCUCAGAGAAAUCAGAGAGCCAUUUAAACACAAAUUUGUUCGUAGUCUUAUUUUAACAAUAGUUGAAUUAGAAACAUUAAUACAAUUGGUUGUUGAUGAUGUAGUACUUGAAGAUAGUCAAUGCACAAUUGUUAAUGCUUCACUUCAUUAUAUUAAUUGGACACAUCUCUCUACAGAAAAAUUUUUUGUUUGUUCUGUUGAUCUAAACGAACCUCAGUGGUUAAAUUGGAAAUCUAGUAAAGAAGUCUUUGACACAACUCCAGCAUUACCACAAAUAAAUAGUCUUUGUCUUACUGUUUCUAGAAUUGCUUCAUUAAUUCAACCUCAAUUCCAUAAAUAA